AUGGCUGCGAAGAGAUCGGACAACUUAGACGGUGCUCCUGCGAAACGACAAAAGACCUCGAACGACAUGAAUCCCCAAGAUAAUCCGUAUCUCGCACAUUGGUACGACAAUGGACCCAAUGGCAACAGCAAUGGUCAUUCCACCUCACUAUCAAUGUCCGAAGGUCCGCUGGCCAAGUUCCAAAGACACCAAACCACUGCUGCUCUUGCACGCGAGGCAGAGGACAGCAAGUUCAACCCCUUCACAGGGCGAGCGCUUUCGGAGAGAUAUUUUUCCAUCCUGAAGACAAGAAGAGACCUGCCAGUACAUGCCCAGAGAGAUGAAUUUCUUAAACUGUAUCAGAAAUCACAAAUACUGGUGUUUGUUGGUGAGACGGGUUCUGGAAAGACUACGCAGAUUCCUCAAUUCGUGCUAUACGACGAUCUGCCUCAGCAACAGCGCAAGCUAGUUGCUUGUACCCAACCUCGAAGAGUCGCGGCUAUGUCAGUUGCAGAACGUGUGGCACAAGAGAUGGAUGUCAAACUGGGAGAUGAAGUCGGUUACAGUAUCCGAUUCGAAGACAUGACCAGUCAAAAGACAAUCCUCAAAUAUAUGACUGAUGGCAUGCUUCUUAGAGAAGCCAUGAACGACCACGACCUGACCCGAUACAGCACUAUCAUUCUUGAUGAAGCACAUGAACGUACCUUGGCCACAGAUGUGCUGAUGGGUCUUCUCAAAGAGGUGGUUCUGCGAAGACCGGACCUUAAACUGAUCAUCAUGUCUGCAACUUUGGAUGCUCAAAAAUUCCAGCGGUAUUUUAUGGAUGCGCCACUACUUGCUGUCCCUGGGCGAACACAUCCCGUCGAGAUCUUUUACACUCCUGAACCAGAGCGAGACUAUGUUGAGGCUGCAAUCCGAACUGUACUACAAAUUCAUGCCACUGAAGCAGAUGGUGAUAUUCUUCUUUUCCUCACAGGUGAAGAGGAGAUCGAAGAUGCGUGCCGAAAAAUUUCCUUGGAAGCCGAUGAGAUGAUCCGAGAAGCAGAUGCAGGACCUAUGAAGGUGUACCCCCUGUAUGGUACGUUGCCGCCAGCACAACAGCAGAAGAUCUUCGAACCCGCGCCUGCUCCUCGACGACCAGGUGGACGAGCUGGACGCAAAUGUAUCAUUGCCACUAAUAUUGCAGAAACUUCUCUGACAAUUGAUGGUAUCGUCUAUGUGGUCGACCCUGGAUUUUCCAAGCAGAAGGUCUAUAAUCCACGCAUUCGUGUUGAGUCCCUCCUUGUUUCCCCAAUCUCAAAAGCCUCUGCUCAGCAGCGUGCCGGUCGUGCCGGUCGUACACGUCCGGGAAAGUGCUUCCGUCUCUACACAGAGGGAGCUUUCAAAAAGGAGCUUAUCGAACAAACAUACCCUGAAGUUUUGAGAUCGAAUUUGUCGUCGACAGUGUUGGAGUUGAAGAAGCUUGGGGUUGAUGACCUGGUUCAUUUCGAUCUAAUGGACCCGCCUGCUCCUGAGACUUUGAUGCGGGCACUAGAGGAAUUGAAUUAUUUGGCUUGCCUUGAUGAUGAUGGAAACUUGACAACUAUGGGUCGAUUGGCCUCGGAAUUUCCUCUGGAUCCUGCCCUUGCUGUUAUGCUCAUUUCUUCGCCAGAGUUCUAUUGCUCGAAUGAAAUUUUGAGUCUGACAGCCCUACUGUCCGUCCCUCAAAUUUUUGUUCGUCCUGCUUCUGCAAGAAAGCGUGCAGAUGAAAUGAAGAAUCUAUUCGCCCAUCCCGACGGAGAUCAUCUGACUCUACUCAAUGUAUACCACGCCUUCAAAGGUGCAGAUGCGCAAGCUAAUCCACGACAGUGGUGUCACGAUCACUUCCUCAGUCUCCGUGCUCUUCAGUCAGCCGACAAUGUUCGCCUCCAAUUAAAACGCAUCAUGGAACGAGAAGAACUCGAAUUGAUGUCUACACCGUUUGAGGACAAGAAAUACUAUGAAAAUAUCCGACGAGCUUUGGUGUCUGGAUUCUUCAUGCAGGUGGCGAAGAAGGAAGCCAAUGGAAAGACAUACACUACAGUGAAGGACAGCCAGACUGUUCUCCUUCACCCAAGCACGGUACUUGGCCAAGACAGCGACUGGGUCAUCUACAACGAGUUUGUUCUUACUAGCAAGAACUAUAUCCGCACAGUGACAGGUGUUCGUGGGGAAUGGCUGCUAGAUCUUGCACCCGGCUAUUACGAAAUUGACUCUUUCCCGAAGGGUGAGGUCAAAACGGCACUUCUCCGGCUCAGCGAGAGGAUCGCUAGGCGGCAAAAGAUCAAGAGGUGA